AAUGCCAGUUUUUUUUAUAUUUCGACUAUCAGUGCAUUGCAUUCCCAUGCAGUUAAUACGCAAUUCACAAUCACGAUUCACGUUUGUACAGUAGGACGAGCUGCAAAAAACUGCACUUGAACCAAACAAGAAGUGAAGAGAAGUUAACAAUAAUUUACAUGAUGGCAAUGUGUGGGUACACCGGUAUACUAACCGUGGUCGUGCUGAUUUUGAUUACAGCUACAUCAAUUUCACAAUGCGAAAUCAAGAUAAACACCCAUCAAUUAUCAAUGAAGAUCAAUGAAUCUCAAUCGUUCAUCUUAACAGUGACCGACCUUCAACAACCGGACGUUGAAGUGCGAUUUCAUCCCGAAUAUAAGGAUCGGAUUGCCGUCAGUCCAUCGGCAAUCACUCUAAGUUCGGACCACGAAGAAUACACGAUUACCGUUGAGGGAAUCGGAAUUGGAAAAUCGUUGCUGACGGCUCACUCUACGCCCAAUAUAAGUAUCGAUGGUGUUUUUUUGACAGCAACCAUCUACAGAAGUAAAAUGAUAGACAUUCUAUCUGUGAUUAUAGGAUGGGCUUACUUUGCCGUUUGGUCCGUAUCGUUUUAUCCCCAAAUUUAUACCAAUUACGAGCGGAAAAGCGUAGUCGGUCUAGAUUUCGACUAUUUGGCCUUAAACAUGGUCGGAUACCUUUCCUACACCAUAUUCACCAUAGGAAUGUAUUAUAUACCCGAAAUCAUUAUGGAGUACAUGAAGAGAUAUCCAAGGAGUUUGAUUCCAGUAACGUUUAAUGACAUCGCCUUCAAUAUUCAUGGAACGAUCGCAAUUAUCGUUACGAUUUUUCAAUGCUUCGUGUACACGAGGGGAAAUCAAAAGAUUUCGAUUACAGGGGCAGUUAUUUUAAUAGCAAUGGGAAUUGCGUAUUUCACAAGUCUUCUACUAGUAUACUUUGACAACAUUCACUGGAUAGACUUUUUGUACUUCUGUUCGUACAUUAAACUACUAAUUACAUUACUGAAAUACAUACCACAGGCAUAUUUAAACUACAAACGAAAGAGUACGGACGGUUGGAGUAUAGGCGGUGUCUUCCUAGACCUUCUCGGAGGACUCUUCAGUAUGCUGCAAAUGAUACUGGACUCUCAUAAUUAUGACGAUUGGGUUUCGGUGUUCGGAAAUCCGUCGAAGUUUGGAUUGGGCUUUUUUUCGAUCGUGUUCCAGUUUAUGUUUAUAGCGCAGCAUUACAUUUUGUAUCGACCUACGAAGCACCGAGAUCUUAUACCUACAGAUUAUUUCUAAAUUAAAUUUCUUAGAGCAGU